AUGUGCAAGAUACCAUCCAAAUCCAAGGGUGAUUCAGACUUAGAGAAUAAAGCUAGAAAAGCUGCUGAAAGAAUAUCGGAGAAUAUGCAUAUAGUAGCAAAUGAGCCGUCUCUAGCACUGUACAGAUUACAAGAGCAUGUUAGAAAAGCUUUACCCCCAAUGGUCGAAAGAAGAGUGGAGGUGACAAAAUUACAACAUGAGUUACAAGGAAGAUGCUAUGAUGUUGAAUAUGCACUAAGUGCGGUCAAGUCAAUGGAUGGAGCUACAGCAAGUUUCAAGAACAUAACUGAGAUGUUGAAACAAUCUAUCUAUUUAAAACAGCAGUUAAAAUAUGAAGAGAAUAGGCGAAAUAAAAAAGAUACAAAUUCUGUCUAUAAACGUCUCUCUGCUCACAUUGUUUUAGAUUUACCAGACCUAUCUGACUUCUCUAUGGUUCGUGAAACCACUAAUAGAAUAGAAAACAUGAUGGCUCAUGCCCGAGGCUCCACUAAUGAAUUGCAGAGGUCGCACACUACAUUGCAU